AUGGAGGCGCAGUGCCGGUGCAGCGCGGCGUUUGAUUGCACGUCCCAGCCAGCAGCCUACUGCCCUGACUGGAUGGCAGGGCUCCCCGAUGCCCUGCCCCUCUCCUGCCUCUCCAUCCCUGGCACCCAUGACUCCCUCAGCCUGUUUGGCGGCCGGCGCCUGCGGUGCCAGAGCUGGGGCCUGGAGGCCCAGCUGGCAGCCGGUGUCCGCUUCCUGGAUGUGCGCUGCAAGCUGGCACGGGGCGAGCUCCACGUCUACCACCUCUGCACCUUUCAGCGGGCCAGCCUGCGGGGGGUCCUGCGCCGCACCCUGCGCUUCCUCCGCGCCCACCCCGGCGAGGCCGUGCUCAUGCGCAUCAAGGAGGAGCUGCCCAUCUUCCCCCGGCCCGGCUUUGCCUCCCGGCUGCACCGCUGCUUGCUGGAGGAGGGACAGGGCUGCGUGUGGUGCCGGGAGGAGGUGCCAACACUGGGCCAGGCACGGGGGAAGAUCGUGGUGCUUGAGGCGCUGCCACAGGAGGUGCUGGGCAUCCCCUACGAGCAGCUGAGCAUCAGUGACGCCUGGAAUGUGCUCUCGCUGGAGCGCAAGUGGGCCCGGGCACGGCGGCACCUGGAGAGGGCAGCUGCUGGGGACCCCGCCACCAUGCACCUCACAUUCUGCUCCGGCAACGGGCUCUUCACCUGCCCGGAGGAGGUGGCCCGCUUCGUGAACCCCCGCUGCUACCAGCACCUGCGGCGCCGAGGGGGGCAGACCAUGCGUUGGGGGGUGGUCAUCAUGGACUUCCCCGGGGCAGGGCUCCUCCGGCUCAUCGUGGAAAGUAACGUCUCGCGGGCCAGCGGAUACAUCACGGCGGUCCCCAGCACCCCCAGCAUCCCUGUGGCGCCCCCGUGGCAGAAGGGAUGGGCGCCGCAGCCGGCACAGCUCCGCUCACUGCCCACGCCGGUGUCCAUCGGGACGGACGCUGCUCCCGGCCCCACGCCUCUGCCGAAGGACAUCAGCGCCCGUAGAGCAAAAGCAGGUUUCUAG